AUGUCUGUCUCAAAGAUUGCGGGUCUCAUGCUUAGCUCGGCCGCCAUGGUCGCUGGCCACGGUUUCGUCUCUGGUGCUGUUGUUGAUGGCACCUACCACGGAGGCUACCUCGUCAACAACUACCCCUACAACGACAACCACCCCGAGACCAUUGGAUGGGCCGAGAAGGCUACCGACCUCGGCUUCGUCGAUGCCUCCGGCUACUCUGGCCCCGACAUUAUUUGCCACAAGGAGGCCACUCCUGGUGCCAUCUCCGCCGAGGUCAAGGCCGGUGGUGAUGUCGAGCUGCAGUGGACUGAGUGGCCCGAGAGCCACCACGGCCCCGUCAUCAACUACUUGGCUAACUGCAACGGCGACUGCUCCAAGGUCGACAAGACGACCCUCAAGUGGUUCAAGAUCGCUGAGUCCGGUCUGAUCGACGGCAGCAACGCCCCCGGUAAAUGGGCAUCUGACGAGCUCAUUGCCAACAACAACAGCGCCUCCGUGACCAUCCCCAGCUCCAUCGCCGCUGGCAACUACGUUCUCCGUCACGAGAUCAUCGCCCUGCACUCCGCCGGCCAGGAGAACGGUGCCCAGAACUACCCCCAGUGUCUCAACCUGAAGGUCACCGGCGGCGGCAGCGACGUUCCCGAGGGUGUCGUCGGAACUGAGCUCUACAAGGCCGACGACGCUGGCAUUAAAGUCAGCAUCUACAACCAGCUGACGGACUACACCAUCCCCGGUCCCGCUCUGUACAAGGGCGCCUCCUCCGGUUCCUCCUCCGGCUCCAAGACCACCGCCGCUGCCUCCACCGCGACUACCGCCAGUGCCUCAACCGUGAGUGCCUCUCCCAUCCAAAGCUCCUCUUCGCACCACCUCACCCGCACCCGCACUGCCCGUCCCACUUCCAGCCCCUCCGGCACCCCUACUCCCUCAUCCAGUGCUACGUCUGCUGCCUCAACCUCCACCCCAAUUGGAUCUGGUGUUGAGUCCACCGACGCUCCUUCGACCGUCACCGAGACUGCCACUGCCACUGCUUCUUCUGCUCCUCAGGUUACUGACGAGCCUGCUACACAGACCGCCAGCGACCCCGCCGACAGCGUUUCCAUCACCACCAGCGCCGGUGCCCAGUCUGCCCAGAGCUCCGUCCCCGCCUCCGGUGCGCUACCCCUACCCCCCAGCUCCAGCUCUAGCUCCGGCUCCAGCUCCAGCUCCGGAUCUUCCUCCGAGUCCGGCGACUACGCCUCCUACCUCAGCUCCCUGAGCGCCGAGAAGCUCCUCGAAGUCAUCCGCUCUACCCUGAAGUGGCUUGUCUCUGACAACAAGGUGCACGCCCGUGCCCUGAGUCACUAA